GGAGCGUUCCUCCUCUCUCUCCUCCCUUACCGACCGCCAUAUUGUUUGCGAUACGCCGUGCACGUCGGUCUCCUCGCCGUGUCCUCGUCAACGCGUGUGACUCGCAUUAACAACGCUCUUCCCGCGGACGGUGUUUCGGAAAAUCAGCAAACAUUUCGCGCAAAGGCAACAUGAAGAAGAUCAAGGAUUACUCAGACGAGGACGAUUACGAGGUGGACGAUCCGGAUUAUCCGGAGGUCGAAGGCGCCUCCGAAGAGGAGUGGACUCCGGAGCCCGGGACCGAGGGUGGCACUAAAAUAAGACCACCAAGAGGAACAGCAAAAAAACGACAGCAUUCUGAAGAAGAAGAUGAGGAAGAAGAAGAUGAAUUCGAGGAGGAUGAGGAAGAAGAAGAUGAAGAAUCUGAUUCUGAUACAGGAAAAAAGCCAAAGAAAAAAAGGCGGUCUAAGAAAGAUGACGAUGAAAAGGAGGAUGAAGAAGAUGAGGAUUCCGAUGACAACAGUUACAAUGAAUCAGGAGAGACACCAAAAGAAUAUACGUCUGGUUCGUUCGUUCUUGCAAAAGCUGAUCUCGAAUCUAAAAAGAACAAGGAAGAUAAUUUAUCUAGUAAGGGUAAAUCCGAUGUAGAAUCGAGCCCUUAUCCAACCUUGUGGAGGAUAGAUGGAAAAGCAUUGCUCCAAAAGUUUUUACCUUUUGAGGAAGAUGGAAAAGUACUGUACAAAAGCACAACGACGUAUUCUGGAUGGCAACAAAGUAACAAAGACAAUUACAUAGCAGUUCAGGUAUCCUUUAAAGUGCAAAGUAGACAAGAGACAAUUGUUGAACUUCAUUUUGAUCCAUCGCAACCACAAGAAGUUGUAAAGCGACGCUAG